AUGGAGCGCGCAAGCUUCAAACGCAAAGGCGAUUUCGGCGCCAACAACAACAGCCGCAAAAGCGCCAAACUGGACGAGAACAACGGACCUCCUGCCAACACAUCAGGCAAGAUGACUUUCGCUGAACGCAUGAUGGCCAAGAUGGGCUACAAACAGGGCCAGGGUCUCGGAAAGGAAGGCGAGGGAAUAGUCAACCCCAUCGAAGUCAAACUGCGACCACAGGGUGCUGGUGUUGGCGCAGUGAAAGAGAAGACGGAACAAUACAAAGCUGAGCAGAGACGAAAAGCCGAGGCCAAGGGAGAGGAAUAUGAAGACUCUAGUGAAGAGGAACGGAGAGCGAGGAAGAGGAGGAAUGAGAGGAAGAAGGAGGAGAGGGCUGGAGGUGUUGGUGGUGGCAGGCGGAAGAUGAAGUACCGUACCGUCGAGGAUGUGCGUGCUGCUGCUCCUGGACUGGAAUUACCAAAAGCUAUGCUAGGCAGUAUUGUCGAUGCCACGGGUGGUACGACCAAAUUGCUUACCAGCACUGCUGGGCUCAUGACACCCACUGUCGUCCCUGCCGAAACCGAAGCCGACAAAAUAGCCAAACGCGAGAGACUGGAACUGGAGGCCUUUAUCGAAGCAUGGCAUGGCUUGCAAGAGCGAAAAGUCAUCGUCGAAGAACAACAAGGUCAUUUGCAAAUGGACAUCAACCAAGCCGACGACGAUAUUCAAAAGAUGCGAGACAUGGUUGAAGCAGUCGAGUCCUUGAACAUAGCAAACAUCGACUGGGGUCAAGCCAUGGAGAAGCUAGGGAAACUACAACAAGACUUUCGUCACGAUAUCGAUAGCUAUAAUCUGUCUGAGGCGGCUGUUGCGACCAUCACACCUCUGUUUAAGGCCGAUCUGGAUGACUGGGAUCCUCUAGAAACGCCGUCGUAUCGUCUGGUCGAACAUCUUACGCAUCUCAAACCCAUCCUAGGCCUGGAGAAGACGACAUCCGCACUCGCAACCUCAAAUCCAGAGAUCGAACCCGAGCAACGACGGUACCGCAAGCAAAAAACCACUACACCCUAUGAGAGUCUGAUAUACGGUGUCUGGCUGCCCAAAAUGCGGUCCACAGUCACGCGCUGGGAUGUGCAUGACUCCUCGUCUCUGAUUACUGUGGUAACGGCUUGGAGACCAUUACUCCCCGCCUUUGUCUACUCAAAUUUGCUAGAUCAGCAAAUCGUGCCGAAAUUAUCAGAGGCCUUGAUUGCCUGGAAUCCGAGAAAACGACGCCAUCAUCACAAAUCUUCGAGCAGUGAUGCACCGCAUACUUGGCUGUUCCCCUGGCUACCGCUGCUUCCUCCCUACCAUCUGGAUCCAAAGUCUACGACCGGACUGCUAGUAGAUGCAAAACGCAAAUUCCGCCGUGUGUUGGAUACCUGCGAUGUCCCGUCCUUGGUUCCUGGUCUCGAGCACUGGAAACAGUUAUUCGGACCCAAAGACUUUGACGGUACAAUGCUACGACACGUACUUCCUCGCUUGGCUUCUCAUCUUUCCGCCAAUUUCGACAUCGAUCCAGCAGACCAGGAUAUUUCACCACUGGAGCACGUAUUCGCUUGGCAGCCUUUCUUCACACCCAUGAUCUUCGCUCGCUUGCUUGUCGCAGAGUUCUUCCCAAAACUGCAUUCAGUGCUGCAUCAAUGGUUGACUUCUCCUGAAGCUUCUUUCGAAGAGAUAGGCGCCUGGUACACAUGGUGGAAAUCUGUCAUCCCUGAGAACUUGCAGAGAGUUGCAGAAGUACAGGCAGAAUUCGACAAGGCGAUUGCAACAAUAGACCAAGCCUUGAAUUUGCAAGAAGAAGGAAAAGAUUUGGCCGAGUUACCUGCGCCUGCUGCUGGUCCUUCUCGACCUAUUGUUGCUGCUUCUUCUACUACUACCACCCCUGCGACAAACGACACGCGAGCAGAACAGCAAGAGAUGUCCUUCAAAGACAUCGUGGAAGAAUGGUGUUCGGAACACGAUCUUACACUUCUACCUCUUCGCGAAGCUCACCCUUCGACUGGAUCACCACUCUUUAGAAUCACUGCCAGUGUGUCUGGAAGAGGUGGUGUGGUUGUAUUCUUCAGAGGGGAUAUUCUUUGGGCACAGAAGAGGAAGAGAGAAGAUGGGUUUGCACCUUCGGGCUUGGAUGACCAGUUACUCGAACGAGCGGAAGGAAAGUAG